AUGUGUCGUUCCAUAAUUGCAAUAUUUUCGCUUAACAUUUUAUUUUCCUUCCAAACUGCCCUAGUUUUUGGGGCCCAUCAUACAAAAUUAAUAUCAUUUAUUGAGAAGAUACACUUUGAAAGUGAUUCGGCUACAGUGUUUUUCUUCGGAAUCGAAGACGAAAUUGUGAGCAGCUUUACAAAGAAAAGAUCUGACAUUGCCGUGACAUUUUUUAACUCCUCUUAUUCUCAAUUAUCAAACUUCAACGAUGAUCAUCGGUUUUUCAGCAAUGCCAUUUUAGUAGUUCAAAACUCUUGUUCAAAAUGUCAGAUUUUGGAUUUCUUAAUUCAUAAAAUUCAAAGACGAAAAUUUCUCAUAAUUAAUGGAAAUAAUUUGGAAGAAAUUGUGGUGAGUUUUUCUUAUUUCUUCAAUGUGAAAAAAUUCACCAGAGUUUUUGGAUUAGUCGGAGGUAUUGCCUAUGGGUACCUUCCUUUUGCUGAAACUAAAAUUGUGCGACUGGGUCAAACCCAACCCAUUCCAAAUGCCUUACGCAACCUAAAUGGAUACAAAUUCCGAACAGUUGCCAAAGAAGAUCUGCCCAGGGUGUUUUGGUACACUAAUAAACGUGGUGAACAUCACAUUGCCGGGUAUAUUGGACAGCUGUUCAAGCACUUCUUGAAAAAACACAAUGCGUUGUUCACCAGAACCAAAAUCAAGGAUUUGGACAGGCGUUUUAUGAUGGCAGUCGUAAAUGCAACCAUAUACAACGAAAUCGAUAUCAGUAUUAAUGCCUAUCAGGAUUUCGAAGGCAUUCAACUGAGUUAUCCCCUAAAGCUGAUGAAUUGGUUCAUAGUUGCUCCAUUAAUUGGUAAUUUGAAUCCUAAUCAAUAUUUUUUGAGACCAUUUGCUCCGGCGGUCUGGAUCUGGAUUGGAUUAUCAACGUGCUAUGUCAUCGCAAUGGAUAUGGUGAGAAAUAAGCUCUGUGCCAAACCAGUAAAAGCGUGGGAGAGUUUUAGCCAAAGUUACCUCACCAUGCUUGCUCAACCAACGGAAAGGCCAAUAACUAAAGCUUAUCGAUUCCACUGCCAGGUCUUGUUGUUUUCGUUUGUUCUUGUGAACCUCUACUUGGUCUAUCUAACAUCAUUCCUUACCGUCUUCAUCAAGGUCAAACAACAUAGGACCAUUCAAGACCUCAUUGACAAUCAAGUUCCAGUAUUAAUGGUUGACUACGAAUGGAAGCUUGUGUCCGUUCACGGUCCAGAUCUGGCGAAAAUUGUCAUACUAGUUGAAUACGAUGACUUGACGAAAGAACGAAAUUCAAUGAAGAACUUAAAUUUUGGCUACGCUUUGGGUCGUGAUAAGGCUAAAUUUUUUAUCGAUCUUCAAAAAUAUCCCAAAUAUCACAUAAUCUAUGAAAGUUUAAAGGAUUACUAUUUGGGAUUUGUUAUGGCGAAACAUUCUCAUUUCAGUGAGAUUCUCAAUGAAUUUAUAGUGAAUAUUUGUGAGACAGGAUUAGUGGAGAAAUGGAAUCGUGAUGGGAUAGCAUUGAUUAAAAAGCACAAAUUGUUGGUAUUGAAUACGACAUCGAAUCACUUGAAUCAACCAUAUCCGUUGUCAAUGUUUCAUUUGACUUUUGCAUGGAGUUGUCUGACAGUUGGAUUGAUUUUUUCUUUACUAGUUUUUAGUAUUGAAAUAUUCAUUUUUAAAUAUCCAGAUAAAGAGUGA